AUGGCAAAGAAGAAGAAGGCGAGCCCCGCGCGGCGGGACGUGAGCGCUGCGGGCGGCGCUCUGCUGCCGGCAUCUGCGGCGGCGAAAACGCGCGUUUUCCUGCGCGAGCGCGUCGAGCCGGCCGCGCCGCGCCGCAUCGUCGUCGCGGACCCGCCAGCCCACGAGGAGGCCGCGCCCGCCGCGGCCUCUGAGACUGCGGAGACGCGGAAGGCGCGGCUGCUGGGAAUGUCGCUGGACGCGGUCAUUCGCGCGGAGGAGAGUGCGCUUCGCGCCGAGAAGAAGGCUUCGCGCGCCGGCGCGCGGCCUCAACUGAAAAACGAGACGCCGCGGCUGGUGACACGGCUGCCCGGACCCGUUGCGGGCGCCGCACCCGCGGUGCUGCGCCCCGCGCAGGCCCGAAGCGUCUCCCUGAAGCCCGCAGUCCCAGUCCCUUCUGCACCGGCUGCUGUCUCCGCGGCCUCCGCGGCCGCCGUGGACGGGGGUCUGGGGGCCGCCUCCAGCAGCGGGCGCAGCGUGCUGCGCGCCGAGGGCGGGGUGGGCGCGGGGCGCCUAUUUCGCCAGGCGAUGGUCGGGCGCGGCGCGAAAGGGGCGAGUGUCUCCUGGGACCGUAGCGAGGGGCCUGCGGUGGCAGUCCGCCUCGUCGCCGCCCAGACGGCGGGACCGGCGGACGAGUUGUCGGAGCGCGAGGAGGGCGAGGCGGAGGAGAGUUGCGCCAGACAGAAGGACGGAGCAGCUGCAGAAGCGCAGGCGCCGUGCGUCGCGGCGUUGUGUCGCGGGGAGGCGCCGGGUGGCUCCCGCGCGAGCUCGAAGAGAACGAGCGUUGAGGAGGGGUUGAUUUGCGAAGACGAUGAGGACGGCACGGACCGCAAGCGGCCCCCCUACUCUUCGCGGAAGCCUGAGGGCACUGGGGCCUCGCGCCUCCUCAACGGGACCGGCGUGCAGCUCAUCGCCGCCGCGAGCCACAACCGGGCGCGCCUCUCCAGCCGCACUCCCCUGGGCGUCCGCCUCUCACCCGCAGCGACCGGCUCGCCCACGCCGCGCGUGAAGCUCAUUGGGCGCGAUGAGGCCGGCGGCUCGAGGCUGACUGGAGACGACGAGAUAGACGCCGAGAGGGGGGAGGACGCGGCCGCAGCGGAAGGGGGUGAUGAGGAGACGCCCUCCUCGCUGGACGCCGGCGGAGUCCCUCGGAAGGUCGUUCUCGCGGGGGACGGAUUCGGAGCCGCGGGCGAGAGGGGGCUGCAGGCCCGCCGGAGGGCCGCAGCGGGGGGCGCGGACGCGACGGCGGCACCCGAGGGCGAAGUGGGCGCGGAAGAUGGCGCGGCUCGACUCACAGCCGCCAGGCGCAACGCGGGGCUCUCGGCCUCGCGCCCAGUGUCCGUGGGCGCGAGAGGACUGGCGGAAGUCUGCGUGCAGAAGCCGGCGCCGGUAAAGAGCGGAGAGAAGAAGGGCAAGAACAAGCCCACGCGAGGCGACGAGAGGCGUGCGGCUCGCGCGUGCCUGCAGGCGGCCGCGAAGGCCGCCGCGGCGUCGUCUUCGGCGCUGCGAGUGUCUUCAUCUCGCGCGGUUGUCGUGGACCGCGAGGCGGCCCAGGGCGACAGAGCCCUUUGUGCGUCUCCGAAACCCGCGGCUGGAAGGCGUGCAGGAGCCGGGGCGUCGAUCGGCCGCGGCGACGACGAGGCCUCCUCUGCGACCCCGGGCUCGGGCUCGCCACCCGCUCGCCUCGCCGAAAAGGAGACGGAGGGCGCGAGGAGGUCUGCGUCUCCACCUCCGCCGGAGGAGGACGCCCGCCACCGCGGCGGCCGCGCGUCGGCGGGGGGCGGCCUUCGCGGGAGGGGCGCCUCCAGCGCAGUUGGUCGGGGAGACAGGCGCGCGAGAGAGGAGGAUUCUGAGAGAGACACUUUCGCGAGGGCAGAGCGGAAAGGCGCGGAGACAGAUGCGUGGGGGGUUUCUCGGGGCAGGUGCGACGGCCCGAAAGUCCUUGGGGGCCGCGCCGGCAACCCAAUCCUCGUUCUGCCGCCGCCGACCUCAGCGGGGACUGGAGACCGACGCGACGGCGGCUGGAGCGGCGAGGACGCUGCGCGCCGCGUGAUGCGGCGAGACGACUCGCGCGAAGAGCGAGGAGAGGGAGCUCGGGGCGUGUUGCAGUCUGAACGCCUCGCUCGAGACUGCCGUGGCCGAAGACUGGACGGAAGUCUCUCGAGGCAGGGCCCCGAAGAGCCCGCAGGCCGCGCCUCCACGGCGGGGGAAAAGGCCCUUCUGAGGGGGCGCGCGGGCCGCAACAGGGACCUCUCGCCCUCCGCACGCAGCUCCGCCUCGCACCGUGACCGUGAGCAGGCCUGGUCGGCGCGAACCCAGGACGCCGCUCGGUCUCCUUCGCUGUCGCGCCCGCGAAGCGGCCGCGACUGCAGAGCAGGAGGCGCGUCGAGGUCGCCGUCUGCGCGAGGAGACCGACGCCAGGGCUUUUCUGUGAGGGACGCUGAAGGCCGAAGACGAGACCGAGCCGACGACCUUUCGAGGUCGCCGGGGCCGCUGGAAGGAAAGAGCCGCCGCCGGGCAGGGACGAGGAGCCCGAGAAGGGACAGUCGCAGCAGGAGCCUAGAGAGGGCGAGGCCAGUGGCGCCUGGGACGUGGGGCGCGCAGAGACAGACGACGCGCCGGGGCGCCUCGUGGGAGGACAGAGAGAGACAGCGCUCGGUCUCUCCUUCUCCGCAGAGGCGCCGCGGAGACGCGACCACUGUGCGCGGCGCCCCACAAGAGGGUGGGCGAGCCGCGGCCGCGGAGGGCUCGGCGCGGGGCGGCAAAGGAGCUGCGCAGGGCCUUCCCGAGGAGAGGGAAGGCGAGAGAGUCGACCUCGAGAGCGGCGAGCGGCGAGAGGCCAAAGACGGAGAAGGGGAGGCGUCCUUUUCUUCUGCACGCAUCGUGAUCUUGUCGGGGACUCAAGAGCGAGGCGCGUCGGGCCGCGGAGACGGAGCUGUCAGAGAUGCUGCGAAGAAGAGGCAACGCAGCCGGUCGGGCUCACGAGAAGACAGAGCGAGACGCGCAAGUCUAGACGCCGCGAUUGCGCCUCAGAACCGAAGUUCGUCACGAGGACCAGAGGGACGAGCCCCGUCUCCUCAGGCGAAGCGUCUCCGUAGAACAGAUGAACCGCUGGGAGACCCGCGCGCCCGCUCUCCACUGCCAGCCUCCACCGACCCCGUGAAACGCGACGGCGAGCGGCGCGGAGUGAGGAGUCGCAGCUCGUCGCUGGAGCAGCACUGCGCCCGGCAAGGCCCGCCUGCGAAGAACGUUGGCGGACAGCGAGGCGGCGCGGCCCGGGGGCCUGGGACGACUGGUCCGCUACCGCACCCGGGCGCCCGGCGCCGCGGGUCGUCCCACGGCGGAGCGGACAGGGACCGACGGAGCAUGAGUCGACGCGGGCGAUCCGUCUCCGAGCACGUUUCUCGAGGGCCUUCGCCUCGAAAACGGGGCCGACAGGCGAGCCCGCUCCGAGGCCGGGAUGAUCGCUUCUUGCGGCGCGGGAGCCGCAGCCGCAGCUGGUCGACCGGCGGGCCUGGUCGAGCCCAGCGCGGCGGGGACACCCGCGCCGCGCCAGGAGGCCGCGGCGCGUCGCUGUCGCUGCGGAGGGGCGGUGGCGUACCCCUUUCGGCGAAGCGAGUAGACCGAGGACGCAGUGUCUCCGCGUCGACGCACUCACCACGAGGCCGGGGCGGGCGGUCCCCCCACUCGCUGUCGCCGCGCGCGGGCGCGCCUGCGGGACGCAAAUGGAGCCACGGUCGGAGCUACGAGAGUCGACGGUGGGACUCGCGCGACUUCGGCCGGAGCAGGAGCGCGACGCCGGACUCGAGGCGAGGCCCUUCCAGCCGCAGCUGGAGUGGAUCGCGGAGCCCAAGCGAGGACCGAAGAAGGGGACCCUAUCGCCGCGGUCGCGACAGAGCGAGAGGAGCGUAUCACUCCUCUUCCUCGUACUCGCUAUCGCCUUCGCCGCGUCGUGGCCUGCGCACAGCGUACUCGAGCCGCUCGUCGUCUCCACCCGGAGCCCGCGAUCGCCUGCGAGGCCGCCAUGGAGACUCGUCGCCGUCGCCCGUCGCCAAGGGUCGCGGCUACCGCCGGAGUUAUUCGCCGCGCCUCGAAGAGGCCCGCGCAGGGCCGCGAGGCCGCGGCGUCGACGGGCGCGGAUACGAGCCAAGGAGACCAGGCAACCAGGACCCGCCCAGCACGGCGGGCCGUCGGCUGCCAGGUUCGAUGGGCCCGCAGCCUGACGGGGACCGGAGACACGAGGGGCCGCCGCGGUACGACGCGCCGGGCGAGGCCGCGGUCGGGAGCGUGCCGGUGGUGUUGCGGACGCGUCGGCAGCGCGAGGAGUCCCAGGAGGAGCGGCCGAUGAUGAAAACCGCGCGGCAUCCGUACGCGGGUCCGGUCGUGCUGACACCGCCGACCUCGUCUCGCCACUCCGGACCCGCGCACCCGGUCGUCUACCGCCCGCACGGGCCCGCUGGAGCCCAACCGGAGCGCCGCGGGUCGACUGGCCCGAGCCGCAGAGACGGACGAGACGUGGAUGGAGACAGACCCUACGGCCUGGGUGGUCACGCGUCCGGCUCUUCGCAGGACGACCCGCGCAUGGGUCCGGCCGCGCGGUGCUACGACGACCCCCGCCGCGGUCCCCCCGUCGGGGGGGGCCGCGGCGAGCCGGAGCUGGACCUGAGGAGACAGGCGGCUGGCGACGGCGCGCGGGGCGCUCGGCUCGACCGGGCGGGAGACAGCCUCGCGGGUCACGGGCGCAGCGCCCAGCCCACGAUGCCGGGUCCAGACGACUCGCCGCCGCGUGCGUGCCGCGAGUACGUCCUCGGCCGCAGGUGCCCCGCGGGCGGCGGCGCGAAGUGCCCCUUCCUGCAUCCCGCGCAGAGAGACUUUUUCAAGUUCGAUCAACACUCGCUGCGGCUGAAGCAGACGUACAUGCACGAGGCUGCAGCGCUCGGCUGGACGCCCUCGCGGCGCCACGGAGGCGCGCGCGCGCCCGACGGCGACCGCGGGCGCGUGGAGCCCAAGGGGCCGGCGGGCGCCCGGAGAUUGGAUCCCCGCGGCCAGGAGCCCGACAGCCGGAGGAGGCAUUCCGGGACGGACGAGGGCAGAACCCGCGAGGAGGAGGGCCGCAGAGACAGGAGAGCGGCCGAAAGCGCGCGCGAGAAGAAGACCGGCGGCGUAGAUCAGACUGAGCAACAGCGCAGAACCGGCGACGAGCGAGUGACUGAGGAGAAGGCUGGAGGCGGAGACGACAACGAGGAGGCGCGGAGGGAGCCAGUGCAGCGCUCAGCUUCGCAGCAGAGGGCGCUGGACGGUUACUUCAAAAAACAGACUGCGGAGUUCCUCAACGCCGAGUCCUACAUGGAGGGCUGGUGCAAGAAAGAGCUCAUUGAGUACUUCUACGACGAAUAUCUGAGCCAAAACAUGACGAAGGAGGAUGCGCUUGCGUCGGCGACAGCGUACGUCGAGCGCCCCGAGGAGUACGGCCUGCGCAGAACCUCUGCGGAGGGUGGGCGAGAGUCUGCCUCGUCGUAG